CACAGAUCUUGAAUAUUUCUGGCUCUAUUCGGCGUGACCGUACCUCGCGGUUCAUCUCAGGAGGGCCUUCUCGCCAGCGGAAGAGUAGCAUCAUGGCAGGGAGGCGAGCAGUGUGUUGUGGUCUGACCUCUCUAGAGGUGACACUCACUGUCCUGUUUAUGUUGAUGACAUCUGUGCUUAUUGGACUGAUCACAGUGACGGUUGCCACCAAAAACAUACAGACAGAUGCGGAGCCCACCCUGUCUCCUAGUCCUACACAGCCCCAAGGGAAUCCCUACCUGAUUGGGGUGGGAAGAGCCGACUGCACAGGACCCCCUGCCGAUAUCCCUCUGAUGGGUUAUGCCAACCUGGAGCAGACAGCAGCAGGCAUCCACACCCGCCUCUACAGCAGAGCCUUCAUCAUCGACGAUGGGAGGAAGAGGGUGGUGUUCGUUACUGCUGAUAUAGGGAUGGUCUCUCAGAGGCUAAGACUGGAGGUGCUGAAGGUGUUGCAGGCCAAGUACGGGAACCUGUAUCGUCAGGACAACGUAGUCAUGAGUGGAACACACACACAUUCGGGUCUGGCCGGUUACUUUCAGUAUACACUAUUCAUGAUCACCAGCAAGGGCUACAUCAAACCGUCCAUCCAGGCUCUAGUCAACGGUAUUGUCAAGAGUAUAGACAUAGCCCACCGUGCCGUCAAGCCGGGGCGGAUCUACAUGAACAGAGGCCAGCUGGAGGACAGCAGUCUGAACAGGAGCCCUCACUCCUACCUCAACAACCCCCAGCAGGAGAGAGACAGGUACAAGUCCAACACAGACAAACGGGUGGUGGUGCUGAAGUUUGCUGAUUUGGAUGGCAACGGCAUUGGCGUGCUCAGCUGGUUCGCCGUGCACGGUGUCAGUAUGAACUACACCAACCGGAUGAUUAGCAGCGACAACAUGGGCUACGCCUCCUAUCUGAUGGAGCAGGACAACAACGCGGGACUACUCCCGGGACAAGGUCCGUUUGUCGCCGGUUUCUCCUCAAGUAACCUCGGAGAUGUCAGCCCAAACACCAGAGGGCCUGUGUGUGUCAACACCGGCCUGGCCUGUGACUAUUUAAACAGCUCCUGCCCUGUAGGAGGGACUAAGAUGUGUCAUGCAUAUGGACCUGGGAAAGACAUGUUUGACAGCACCAUGAUCAUUGGACACAACAUCUACCAGAAGACAAAGGAGCUGUACAGUGGAGCAGAUCAGGAGGUGAAAGGUCCUCUUCACGCUGCUCAUCAGUGGGUCAACAUGACGAAUGUCCCCGUGCAGAUCAACGUGACGCACAUGGCCAGGACCUGCAAGCCGGCCCUGGGCCACAGCUUCGCUGCAGGGACCACAGAUGGCGGGGGAGAUCUUAACUUCACACAGGGCGCUGUGGAGGGUGACCCGUUCUGGGACGGAAUCAGAGACACUCUAUUUGGCGAACCAUCCAACGAAACCCAAGAAUGUCACCGACCCAAACCCAUCUUAUUCAACACCGGGGAGAUGUCUUGGCCUCUGCCCUGGCACCCAGAGAUCGUCGAUGUUCAGCUCAUCACCAUUGGCCCUAUCGCGGUGGUUGCUGUGCCGGGAGAAAUGACCACCAUGUCAGGGAGGAGGAUAAGAGAGGCUGUCAAACAGGAACUGGAAUCAGAGGGUUCGUUGAGGGUUGCAGAAGUGGUGAUUGCUGGCCUGAGUAAUAUCUACACACACUACAUCACCACCUAUGAGGAAUACCAGGUCCAGCGGUACGAGGGGGCGUCCACCAUCUACGGUCCGCACACGCUCAGUGCCUACAUCCAGAAAUACAGAGGCCUGGCCAGGGCCAUCGCACAGAAUAAAGAGUCCGGGCUGGAGAAGGGUCCAGAGCCGCCGUUCUUUAAAGAGAGCCAGCUAUUAAAAUUACUGCCUGCUGCUCCUGUGGACAGGAAACCAGCCAACAGCAGCUUUGGACAGGUCCUGCAGCAGGUUUAUCCUGUAUACAGACUGGGUGAUGUGGUCUCUGUUACGUUCGUGGCUGGAAACCCCAGACACUCCGGAGACGUAAGAGACAAGACCUUCGUUACCGUGGAAAGGUAUCUCAACAAGACUGCCCAAUGGGAGGUGGUGCACACUGAUGCAUCCUGGGAAACCAGAUUCCACUGGCUGAGGGGCUCAGCCAGGCAGAGCAAUGCGACGGUUGAAUGGCACAUCCCUGCCUCGGCUCUGCCCGGCCGCUACAGAAUCAGGCACACGGGUCACUGCAAACAGAUGAAGGGGCUGAAGCCGGUCAUCACAGCUUACGAAGGGACAUCCGCUGAAUUCACAGUCACCAAGACUUACUACUACCAUUAGGUCUGAGAUGUGUGUGGUCCGUCGAUGACAUCCAUCUCUACAUUCGUCUAUCUGUCCAUCAACGCUUUCUCCCAUCUGAAAGAACCGUUUCCAGAUUUUCUAUCCAUGGGAUUUCCAUCUUCAUCCCAAAUUCGCUGGCUAACUUUGAGCUCCCUUCAGUAUUUCAGGCAGUCCCCUUAAUUAGUCGGUGACAUAAAAUGUAACAGCUGCAUAGAUGCGACGUGCUGCUGUGUUCCAGUAGUGCGAACAACACACCAUUCUCGAGCAGAUUCUUUCCUCCAUUUCUUUUUUCCGUUAUUUAUUCGUUUUUUUUUCCUUUUCCACUGUAAUAACGCUGCACUCAAUUUUUUUGAACCUAGUGUAACCGGUUAUUUUCUUGCCCGGUGCGGGAUUCGAUACGGGGUGUACUGCGCCACAAGGUGACAUCACUAACCGCUCGGCUGAAGGGUCUGAUCCGUUAGCUAGGGGCUAACGUGUCUUAUUAGUAGUUUACAGUCGUCACCUUCCCCGGAAGCGCGCCCUCGCGCUUGUUCUUCCCGCGCUCCGAAGAGACUUCUGAGGAUCUGCACACUUCCGGAUCCCACCGCUGCCACCAAUGUAACCGGUUACUUUCUUGCCCGGUGCGGGAUACGAUACGGGGUGUACUGCGCCACAAGGCGACAUCACUAACCGCUCGGCUUAAGGGUCAGAUCCGUUAGCUAGGGACUAAUGUGUCUUAUUAGUAGUUUACACUAGUGAUGUAAAUAAAACCCCUGGUGGCUGUUGAA